AUGUUUCUACAUGACGAGAAGGUCACAAGUGACGAUGAAGGGCCUGAACCAGAAGCUCGAUGGAAGCUUGUGUUCGAUGGAGCAUCAAAUGUUAUGGGGUAUGGAAUUGGUGUUAUCUUAAUUUCUCCAAAGAAUGGCUACACUCCUCUCACAUCAAGACCAUGCUUCAACUGCACAAACAAUAUCGCAAAAUACGAAGCAUGUAUCAUGGAUAUUGAUACUGUUAUAGAUCUAAGGAUCAAGAUCCUAGAGGUGUAUGAAGACUCUGCUCUGGUCAUUUAUCAAGUAAAAGGAGAAUGGGAAACCCGUCACCAUAAACUGAUCUCAUACCUUGAUCAGGUCGUAGAACUGAUGGUGAAUUUCAAGGAAAUCACCUUUCACCAUAUUCCUAGAGAAGAAAAUCAGAUGGCAUAUGCUUUGGCUACAUCAUCAUCAACGUACAAGGUUAAAUUUCAUAAUGAAGCCCCGAUCAUAAGAAUAGGUUAUAAAUAUGAACCAAUAUGUUGUGCAACAGUUGAAGAGGGACAUGACAAUAAGUUGUGGUUCUAUGACAUCAAGUGUUACCUUCAGAAACAAGAGUACCCUACAAAUGCUUCAAGCGGGGACAAGAAAACUCUUAGAAUAUUGGAAUCUAAUUUCUUCCUCAAUGGUGAUGUGGUUUACAAGACAAACCAUGACAUGGUGCUGCUCAAAUGCAUGGAUAGACACGAAACAAACAUGCUCAUCUAG